AUGAUGUCCUUUCUAUCCCCUCUUGACGACCACGCAUACGUCAAGCCAGGCGUGUCAGGGCGGCUGAAGUCGCUGCGAAGAGGCUUCGACUACUUUGUCGGUACUGAGGAGCUCACGAACUACGCCAGGCAGGCUGGGCUGCAGCCGAUAGCGACAGCAGAGCUUCCAACCACUCCAAGCCGCCCCCAAAACGCUGUUCCGGAUGCUACAGAAUUGGCUGUUCGUGUGCAGACUAUUCCGGACGCCGUGCCCCCCGCCCAAGCUGCACCAGCACCACCUCGUCGUGCGCGGACCGCUCCUGAUACCGUACCCCCUGUCGCUCAAGCUGCACCAGUGCCGUCUCUUCGUGAGCGGGAUACUCCAGACGGUGUGGCUUCUGGUGGCCAAGCUACGGCUGACCAAUCAAGUCGUGUGCAUGUUGUUCCGGAGGCUACAGAAUUACCUGCUCGUGCGCGUGCUAUUCAGGAUGGUACAGAGUGGAUGGAGGAGCCGGAUGGAGAUCUCGAUACGUUGGAUGCUUUUGAUAACGAUUCCUUCCUGGACGCCAUGCGUCGAGAGAUGCUGUUCGGGAGGACAGCCGCCGAUGACGUGAACCUGUGUGGACCAGGAUCAGUCGUGGAACAGGGGUCAGAUGACGAAGACGACGGUGCGCUGAUGAGCAGUGACGAUGGUGAAGAGAGCGGCUACGACAGCAGCGAGGCCAGCUCUGGGGAGGAUGAAGUGGAACCUACCUUUGAGACCACAGAGGAGGAGUUGCGAGAGCUGACAGCCAGCGGCUGGACAACGUAUGAUGCUGAUCACUGUGGUGAACUGCAACUGAGUGCCGCAGCGGACUAUUACGAUGGACCAUCGGGCCCGACACGAUCAGCGCUGGCUUUUGCAGAUUCUCCGCUUGGGCUGUUUUUCUAUUUCUUGCCCAAGAAGUUAUGGAUUCGUAUUGCUGAGGAGUCCAAUCGGUACCGCUCACAGCUGAUACCAGAACUAGCGCAACGUCGCCGUGAAGCCUUGCUCAGUCAACAACUUCAGGAUCCCAGAAAGUCAGUACCACCGCUAGCAGAAAUCGAGGCGGAUCUCCGCCGCUUCAAGCCCAUCAAGCCUCACGAGAUUGUUCACGUUGUGGGGCUAUUGAUGGCGCGAGCCAUUGCUCCAGUUCGCGACGGCUUAGCAAAGCACCGGGCAACGGCAGAAGACAGUGCAGUACCCCGGGGUACCUUCUCCAGGUACAUGAAGCGCGCACGCUUCGAGGCGAUCACACGAUUUCUCCACUUCAACGACAACGAGAUGGCGGAGGCUGCGCACGACAAGGCGUGGAAAAUCCGGCCCGUGUUGCAAGCAGUAGAGAAAACGUUUCGCCGAGGAUAUCGGCUUGGACGCUGCAUCUCCUUCGACGAGGGCAUGGUGCCGAACCGCUCGCGGUUCAACCCAAUCAAGGUGUACAUGAAGGAUAAGCCUUCCAAGUGGGGAACCAAGUUUUACCUGACGUGCUGUGCGGAGACCGCGUAUUGUGCUAGUGUUGAAGUGUAUUGUGGAAAGAAGAGAGAAGGCAAGAAGGAGCAGAACGUGGGACCCAAAUCUGUUGUACGGAACAUCACCAAGGUGCUUCGUGGGCAGCCAUACAAACGGCUGGUCAUUACCGACAACUACUACUCGUCUAUCCAGCCAUCCAUCAAACUGCACAACAUGGGCCUGUAUCACGUUGGAACUGUCCGGAAGGCGCGUCUUGGCUGGUGCUCUGACAUCGAGUACAGCCAAAAAAAAAAAGACCAAAAAAAUGCCAAGGGGUCAGUAUCGCAUUGCCCAUUCACGCAGUAUCCAUACUUGGUAGCGCUCGCCUGGAUGGACUCAAAGCCGGUCAACAUGAUCGCCACAGGGUGUAGCACACAUCAAACAACCGUCAACCGGAGGGAGAAGGACGGCUCCAUCACGGUGACGCCGUGUCCACAGCUGGUUGUGGACUACGCCGAUGGUAUGAGCGGCGUUGACGUCCACGACCAGCUGCGGUUGGAGCGAUAUUCCCUGCAGAAGUGCGUGGCUUUCAAGAAAUAUUACAAGCAGCUCUUUCUUGGUAUUGUUGACAUGGCUUUGGUGAACGGGCUGAUCGUGCACAACAUUGCAAAGAGGCAAAACGACGAGAGAUCUACUCCACACGCCAGCUACUUACGUCGACUACACAAGGAUCUCCUAGCACUGCGAGACAUACAUUUUGAUUCCCACCCCGUCGCCGAAGACUUGGUGUCAGGACCAGUGACCCGCGGCGACCAUGCCCUGGCCAACACAAGCAACCGCUACGAGUCGGACACCCAGUCAAAGCGUCGCCAGUAUCUAUGCAAGGUAUGCUCUGCUCACACAAGCGGGAAGUCGUUCGAAACCAGUUACUUCUGUCCUACAUGCAGCGACUAUUUUGGUGGACGUGUGCCGCUAUGCCCCAAAGUGCGUCGCUUGGAGGAGGGAAAUACUCUCUCUUGCGCUCAGAUUUGGCACGACGUGUGGAAUGAUGGCCGAAACAUUCCAGCACUCCCCCACCAAAUUCGCUUCAGGGGGAAAAAGCGCAAGCGGUCUGAGACGAACAACGAAGAGAGUAAGGAGAAUGAGGGGGGGGGUGAGGAGAACGAGGAGAGUAAGGAGAACUAA